ACACAACACACACCGAAACAUUUAAAAACUUGUUCUUCUGCUGGAAAGUUGUGUUUCAGCUUGCCUUUUGUUCUCUUUAGUGCAUCGAAAUAAAAAAAAAUACAUAUUUUCUUAGAAAAAAAAGCAAAGUGCGAAGUUCUUUUGUUAAUUAAUUAAAAUUUGAGUCAAUAAAACCCGUAAACUUUUAAUUCGUCAAAAUUGAGAAAAUGUCCAGAAACGAGUGUCGAAUUUAUGUGGGCAAUUUGCCACCAGAUAUACGAACAAAGGAUAUCCAAGAUCUUUUCCAUAAAUUUGGAAAAGUAACAUUUGUGGAUUUGAAGAACCGGCGUGGUCCGCCAUUUGCAUUUGUCGAAUUUGAAGAUGCUAGAGACGCAGAAGAUGCAGUUAAAGCUCGCGAUGGCUACGACUACGACGGAUAUCGCCUGCGAGUGGAAUUCCCGAGGGGCGGAGGCCCCGGUAGUUACCGUGGUGGUCGAGGGGACCGUAGCCGGGGUGAAGGAGGUCGCGGCGGAGGUGGUGGCAGCGGUGGUGGAGGAGGACGAGGCCCGCCAACUAAGCGAUCACAAUUCCGCGUAAUGGUCACUGGAUUACCUCCGAGUGGAUCGUGGCAAGAUUUAAAGGAUCAUAUGAGAGAAGCAGGCGAUGUUUGCUUCGCUGAUACAUACAAAGAUGGAACAGGAGUUGUAGAAUUUUUACGUCACGAGGACAUGAAAUACGCCAUCAAAAAGCUUGAUGAUUCAAGAUUCCGAUCGCAUGAGGGAGAAGUGUCAUACAUUCGUGUCAGAGAAGAUAGUGGUGAAGAAAGAGGACGCGGAGGUGGAGGCGGCGGCGGUGGCGGUGGUGGUGGUGAUUACCGUGAUAGAUCUCGUUCUCGUUCGUACUCUCCAAGACCAAGACGACGUGGAACUCCCACUUAUUCUCCAGUACACCGUGUAUCAUAUUCAAGGUCACGUUCAGACUCCAGAUCUAAUUUUUAAAGCUAAAUAUCAAAAUCACUAUUUAACUAAUCUGAAAUCAAAACUUAAUGAACAAAAAAAAACAAACAAUUUUUUAUCAGACAAAUUCAAAAUAACACACACGCCGUUUUACUAUAAGAUAUUGUAAAAUGUAUUUUUAAAUCCUAAAAGAUAAAAACGUAGCUACCACAAGCUGAGCGAUAUAAAAACUAAUAACUAUUCUUCUUCAUAAAUUUAAGUGCAACACUUGUAGAUAUCUUGAAAAGUUAUUCAAGUAAAAUCUCCCUUUUCAUUACUUUCAUGCAUUUACAUCAACCUGUUUGCACAUUCCUCAUUCUUACAAAUAUCACAAUAUAAAGUCUUUAAUUGAAGUUUAAAUAUUUCAAUGGGUUUUUCAUACCCAUAUAAUUUAUACUAAACGUGUAUUGUAGGAAUUGAACAAUUACCACUCAAAAAAGGGUUAUAAUAAAGAAAAAAAAAAAAUCAUUCACCAACAUUAUAAAUGUGCUCCUACAUCCUUAUGCAUAGUAUUGCAUUAAAUUUUAAUAAAAAUUGAUUGUACAUUUUAAAAAUCAUUGAAAACAUUUUAACCUAUUAAUUUAUUAAUUAAUUGCAAGGAAACAUUUAAUUAACAUAUUUUUCUUUUUCUUUCACGAAAAGUGUAUGGAAUUGGAUAGUUUGAUUUUAACAUGUAUGGAAAAGGAUAACGGAUUAAAAAUAUAAAAACAGAGUCAAAAGAUCUCAGGAUUAAAUAGGAAAAAAAUCAAAAUACAUAUUCUGAAAAACUGUGGAAGGACAGAAUGGAAACCCUGGAUGUGAAAAAUACGCACAUAAACAGGAUUGCCAAAUUUGUAUUAUAAAGGAUUUGUAUUUUGGAUAAAAUUUAAUAACAAUAGGAUAUAGGAAAGGAGCAAAAUAUCUCCUUUGGAUGAUUCUUGACUUCAUUUCUCCACACUUCGUGCAUGCGGAUUUUCCCUGCUUUAACAUUAUUCUCAUGCCUGUUCUCUCGUCCGGUUCGUCCUUUUAAUAAUUUUUGAAUCCUCUUACCUUCUGGACAUUAGAAUUAAAAAAAAAAACAAUAACGAACCUUUUUUUAAACACAAUUCUGGAUUUUUGGAAUGGAAAUCGUUUUGUUUAAACUAUGGAUUCCUUCUCCUGCUUCUCUGCGUAACAGUAGGACGUCGCGGGAGGAUUUUCAAAGUUUUAACAUUUUUCACCCCCCUAAGAGUAAUUAUUUUCAAAUUCACAUUUAUGGAAACAUUCUCCAACACUCAUCUGCGCGCACCGUGCACACCUUUCGUUAUUGAAAUUUUAUAUGUACUUCGUUAUCACCAAGGAUACUCAAUUUUUGGAUUCAAGACCCUUCGCUCAUUUUUUAAGGAUUUUCUUUGGAUAUCUAUCAUUUCAAAAAAUAAAAUAAAACGAGCGGAAAGGGAUUUCCACGAUGGAUUAUGGGAUAAUUCCCAGGAUCAUAUUCACUUUCACGUUGCAUGCAUGUGUGUAAUAAUCGUAGGUGGUGGGUCAGUCCAGUGGUAUGUUUGUUUAUUUUUUAAUUUCUCAUUUUCUUGUUAUUCUAAUGAUCAUUUCUAGCUAUUUUGAUAUUAUUAAUAACCAAAUUUAUUUAUUAUUUAUAAAUUUGAUAUAAAUUAACAUAAGCGCGAAAUAUAAAAACAAAAAAUAAAAAUAUUUUUUGAUGCAUGUCUGUAAGAAAGAAAUUAUGUGUACACUUUGAGAAUCAUUUUGUUUUGUAUUCGUUCAUUUAUUGCUCAAUGUUUCAAUCAAAACAUAAAAAAUGAUAACUACUAAAGCUUGAUGAUAGAUAUUUUAUCGUGUUGAGUGUUUUUUGGAUAAAAAAAAUUAUGCUGGAACAGAUAAAUUAAUAAAUAAAUUAAUAAAAAAAUCAAG